AGCGAGCGUGUUUGUAAGUUUCGUGGCCUGUACAGGAUGGAGCCGGUUUCAGGUUCCUUGUUCCCGGCGUUUGGUGCGAGGGAAUCCCGCAGUGGGAAUGGCUCUGAAGGAUUGGAUUGGCUCAGUAAUCAAAGCUUCCGCACUGAAGAUGCCCUGCAACUGCACCAUCGUAUCACAGCAGACACAGCCCUGGGAUCAUCCCAGGCAAGUGAUUAUUCAGGAAUAUCCAGGGAACUUUUGGAUCAAGGCGAACAAGAUGAGAUGGCCGAAAAAAAGAAGAAGAAGAAGAAGAAAAAGAAGAAACAUCGGCAGCACAAAAAGGAUAAGAGGAAGGACAGAGCGAUUCACACCAGCAGUGAAUCCGAUCCUGAGCUCCUCUGGGAUAAAGACACUGAGACUCCUGUUGAGAGGUCUGAAGCCAGUCCUGGCCUUCCUCAGGGUAAAUUCAUGUGGCUGGAUGACCUCCAUCUGCAGACUGCACAGACCUUCUGUAUAGACAGAAAAGCUGAUCCUGCCAACUGGGAGUACAAGUCACUCUAUCGUGGAGAUCUGGCAAGGUACAGGAGGUGUGGGGAUGUUUGCCUUGGCCUUGACACCAGAAAGCAGCACAUUAUCUGGGAAGAUUCAUUCAGACCAAAGAAAAAGGUGAGGAGGAAGGAUCAUCGAUAUUACAACUUGUCGGGUCUUCAGCUCCUGAGUACUGACCCUGUUCCUGUUCGCUGUGGAGAGGGUGUACAAGAAAGCAUUCCUGGUACAAACUCCUUCAUACAAGUUCCAGACUGGGCAGAGAAUGACAGUAAAUCCUCAGGUACUGUCUCCUGGUUCAAUCCGCUUGGAGUUUACGACAAAUCCACCGCUUUGUGGCUACAGGGAAAAGGCCAAGAGAAACCAGAGGAGCAAACACGCACGCCCUUGGAUAGCAAUGAGAAGAUAAACUCACUCAACAUGGCCAAGGUAGAGAAGUUCAACAGGAUGUUGAGAGAAGACCCUGGGGAUGUCCAAACCUGGAUGGAGUUUGUUCAUUUUCAGGAUGAAUUAAUGCAAGACCCAAGUCCGUACGCAGCCACUGCAGCCGAAUCUGAGAAACGGAAGAGAUCUCGAAGGGCUGCCUGGGAGAAAAAGCUGGCCAUUUUGGAACGAGCCAUUGAAAGCAAUCCCAACAAUGUGGAGCUGAAAGUAGCCCGGCUGGAGCUCGGCAAGGAAUCUUGGGAACCGUCCAAUCUGGUGAACGAAUGGAAAAAGGUCGUCUUUCUACACCCAGCCCACGCCGCUCUGUGGCAGAGGUACUUGCUGUUCUGCCAGAGCCAGUUCAGCAUCUUUUCGACAUCCAAGGUCAAUGGCAUCUAUGGCAAGUGCCUGAGCACUCUGGCAGCUGCUCUGGAUGGUACCUUACUGUCCCAUCCUGCACUGCCUGACACCGAGGAGGCCAUGCUUGCAAUUUUCUUGCAGCAGUGUCACUUCUUGCGACAGACUGGCCAUUCGGAAAAAGCCAUUGCCCUCUUCCAGGCUCUCAUUGACUUCACCUUCUUCAAACCUGACAGUGUUGCUGGCCUGAUAACCAAGGCACAGGUGGAGUUCUUUGAGCCAUUCUGGGACAGUGAUGAACCCCGGUUUGGAGAAGGAGGGGCGAGAGGUUGGAAAGUUUGGAUGCGACAGCAAGAAAAGGGCGGCUGGGUUGUCCUGAAGGAGCAAGGUGAUGAUGAGGAUGAGGAGGAAGAUAUAGAGGAAGUCAAAGACAAGACACUACCCAAGUGGCAGCUUUGGUUGCAGGUGGAGAGUAGCCGUGACUCCAAGCACUGGUUGCCAUGGCGCGCUGAUACGGGAAAGGGUCAGGCUGAAGAAGACUGUGAAGAUCCUGACAGACAGGUACUGUUUGAUGACAUUGGAUCUUCAAUGUUCAAAAUCUCCAGCCCAGAACUGAGGUUCCAGCUCAUGUCAUCCUUUUUCCAGUUUCUGGGAAUUCCGACAGGAUUUAGUCUGCCUCCCUGCUGCCUGAAUGUGGCACUGGAUGACCCUGACUUGUUUAGCUCUGGGUCAGGUGACGAGAGACUGUUGUCUUGGUCUGAUUCUCCUGCUGCUGGGGUCAGCAUUGUUGGGUUCAUGCCAGCAAUGCCCAGUCAGAGAUGGGCACCCAGCCACUGCACAGAAGGGGAGGACUUCAUACAGACAGCAUUUCACCAGGCGUUGCCCCUGUUCGCUGGGAAAGAGCGGGCACAGCUUACCCUGCACUGGCUGCAGUACGAAAAAUCAAAGGUGGUGAAGAGCCUGCAGCUGAGGAGAAAGAAACAGCUGAAAUCGCUGGGGAAGAAGAGCAAGAAACUCGCUAAAACCCUUCUGAAGGAGGCUGAAAACAGGAACAAUCUGGCCCUCUGGAGGGAAUAUGCCCAUUUGGAAUGGCUGCUGGGUAAUGUGCAGGACUCAAGGAAGGUUUUCGACACAGCCAUGACUAUGUCAGUCUCUCAGGGCCUAAAGGACUCUGCACUGUGUGACCUCUGCUUCCUGUACUCCUCACUGGAGCUGGAGUCGGUGCAGAGUGCCAAUGUGUCAACAGCAACUCGGGCGAUUUACAUCCUUACCAGGCUCGCCCUGGGUAUCGCUCGCUCACCUGAUGCAGAUGAGGUGUUUCCCGUCAAUGUGCUGAAGGCUCGGAAAAUGUAUGAGCAUUCUUUACAGGACUGGUUCGCCAAUGAUGCUACUUCCCCAGGCAGCCAGGGGCCUGGCCAGCUUGUAAGCCUGGUAGGUUGUUUUGCACUGUUCCAGUACCUCACACUGGGCAUUCAGGCUGCUGACUCACUGUAUAGGCAGGCAGCUGGAAGGCUUGUAGGCCUCUCCUCGCUGGAAGCUGUCCAGCCCAAGCGGAGUGUGUGGCGACAGAGUGUGACAUCAGCCUGCGAGAGGCUAACCGUGAUGCAUGUGACGCUGCUAAGGUUCCACAUGCAGGCCAGCGUGUAUCCACUGGGCCCUCUCCGCCACACGCUGACACAUGCUUUGGGGCGGUUUCCUGGCAACCACGAGCUCUGGAAGCUGUACGUGCAGGUUGAAAGCAGCUGUCAUGAUGCCAGCCGAGCCCGAAGGUUCUUUGACAUCACCGCCAGGUCUGCAAAAGAUCUCAUCAUGCCGCGAUUAUUUGCGAUUUAUGCAGAAGAGCGGAGAAAGGAGCGGGUUGACUCUGUGCAGAGGGCAGAUAUUGGGAUUUUGUACAGCACCCUCCCAGAAACUGGCCUCACCAACCGAAUCAGAGCGCUGUUUGAGCACGCUGUUCAGACAGAGGCUGGAGCACACGCUGUUUUACUCUGGAGGAUGUACCUGAACUUCAUGGUGACUCAAGGAAAUAUUGAGAAGAUAAAGGGUGUAUUUUACAGAGCACUGCAGGAAUGCCCGUGGGCAAAGGUGCUGUACUUGGAUGCAGUCAGGCACUUACCCGGGCAACUCCAAGAAAUAUUAGACUUGAUGACAGAAAAGGAGAUUCGGAUCCGCGUUCCUCUUGAGGAGUUGGAAAUUCUCAUGGAAGAUUGAUUGGGAAGAAUGAAUAUGUGCAUUUAAUUAGCACCCUUCACAACUUCUGGGUAUCCCUCGUGUGUUGGAUCAGCCGCUGUUGGAAAUGAGACACCAGCCAAGCUGCGACAAACAGCGAUGAUAUCAGUGACCAGAUUGUGUGUGGUUCAAGGGCUGAAUGUUGGCCAGGACUGCUGUUCCAUAAAAUGGGAAGCAUAUUGGCAGAAAGCCAGGUGCUCCCAGCAGUGAAUUCAGUGCCCUGUUUAGUGAUCCUGGCUGAAUGAAGGAGGCCAGUCAGUUAUGUCAAGAGAAUGAUUGAUUGUCUUUCGAAUGAUGCCGUGGGACCUUUAACUGAAGCUCAUUUGCAGAUAUCAAUGUCCAUCCGAAGGAUGGGUUGUUGGAUGUUCAUUCAGAAGAUUUAAAAGAAAGUUAGAAUAUUUAUUUUGUAAUAAAUGAUUAAACAAGUAAA